AGCGGUGCCGCCGCCGCCGCCACAGUGUCUCGCCGGCUUGGCUGUUUUGGGGAGCGGCAGCUUCUUCUAGGCGAGGCUGCGGCUUCUCUCAGGCUACGUGUGAAAAAUGCCUACAGAUGCUCCAAGACAUGUUGGAGUGUGGCGACAAACCAGAGCUCUUUUAUACAAAAACUGCCUAGUUAAAUGGAGGACGAAAAAGAGCAGUGUUCAGGAAGUCCUACUUCCACUUUUCUUUAUAUUUUGGCUAAUAUUAAUGAGCAUGAUGUAUCCAAGCAAGAAAUAUGAUGAGGUGCCUGAUUCUGAUCUUUAUUCUGUGGAUCACUCCAGCAUCUCUGACUUAAUUGUUGGCUACACACCAGCGAAUGAUGACACAAGAAAAAUCAUGCACAAAAUGUCCGCAGAAUACUUUGCAGAAGGAAUAAUUACUGAAGAAUUUCUAAGUGAGGAGGCAAUGCAAGAGGCUAAUCUUCGUAAACCUCGAAAAUUUGUGGGUAUAAUUUUCAAGGAUUCUAUGUCCUACCACCUCAGAUUUCCUCCUGCAAAGGUUCCAGUAUCUGCAAUUUAUAUGGAAUCCAGAGCCAGUUGCCCAAGCCCUUCCAAGAUAUGUGAAGCUGAAACGUACUGGCGCAAUGGAUUCACUGCUCUACAGAUCAGCAUUGAUGCAGCAAUUAUACAGCUGAAGACUAAUCAAUCAGUAUUGGAAGACCUGAAACUAACAAAUGCGAUCAUGAUGGGAGAGUCUGCCAUUAUGGAAAUAGACAAUUUCCCUCGUGCAAUCAUUUUAAUUUAUUUAGUAAUUGCCUUUUCACCCUUUGGUUAUUAUUUGGCAAUUCAUAUCGUGGCAGAAAAGGAGAAGAAAUUGAAAGAAUUUUUAUUGAUCAUGGGUCUCCACGACACUGCCUUUUGGCUUUCUUGGGUCCUACUGUAUACCAGUCUGAUAUUUGUCAUGUCCCUUCUCAUGUCGGUCAUUGCAACAUUUUCUUCGCUCUUUCCCAAAAGUAGCAGCUUUGUGAUAUUUCUUCUUUUUUUCCUAUAUGGAAUAUCUUCCGUUUUCUUUGCAUUUAUGUUGACUCCUCUCUUCAAAAAAUCAAAAUAUGUCGGUACAGUUGAAUUUCUGACCACCCUGGCUUUUGGUUUUGUGGGCCUGACAGUCGUCCUGCUGGAGGAUUUUCCAAAGUCAUAUGUCUGGUUACUAAGUCCUCUGUGUCAGUGCACAUUUUUGGUUGGUGUUGCACAGGUGAUGCACCUGGAAGAUUAUGGAGAAGGAAGCGUUUUCUCAAAUUUAAGCCAUGGUCCUUACCCUCUAGUUAUUGCACUUUCACUAUUGGCCCUGGACAGCAUGCUUUAUCUGCUCCUAGCACUUUACCUGGAUCAGGUGAUUCCAGGAGAAUAUGGACUGCGGAGAAACUUUUUUUUCUUCCUGAAACCAUCAUUUUGGUUAAAGCGAACCAGAAAUUAUAAAGAAUUGUAUGAGAGCAGCAUUAACGGGGCCUUAGAUUUCAAUGAGAUAAUUGAACCGGUAUCCUCUGAAUUUCAGGGGAAAGAAGCUAUCAGAAUCAACUGUGUACAGAAAACAUUUGUUAAGAAAGGUGAAACUGUCGAGGCUCUAAAAAGUUUAUCCUUUGACAUAUAUGAGGGUCAAAUAACAGCAUUACUUGGACAUAGUGGAACUGGAAAAACAACCUUAAUGCACAUUCUUUGUGGAUUGUGCCCACCUUCUGAUGGUUUUGCAUCGAUCUAUGGAUAUAGAGUUUCUGAAAUAGAUGAAAUGUUAGAAGCAAGAAGAAUAACUGGAGUUUGCCAGCAGUUAGAUAUAUAUUUUGAUGUAUUAACAGUGCAAGAAAAUUUGUCAAUAGUUGCCUCAAUUAAGGGGAUACCUCCCAAUGAUAUGAUACAAGAGGUCCAGAGAGUUUUACUAGAUUUGGAUAUGCAGCACAUAAAAGAUAACCAAGCAAAAAAGUUAAGCGGAGGACAGAAAAGGAAGCUGUCAAUUGGAAUUGCGAUUCUUGGAGAUCCAAAGGUAUUACUCUUAGAUGAACCAACUGCUGGCAUGGAUCCGUGCUCACGGCAUACGGUUUGGAACCUGUUGAAAAACGGAAAAGCCAAUCGCGUCACAGUGUUCAGUACCCAUUUCAUGGAUGAAGCAGACAUUCUUGCUGAUCGGAAAGCUGUGAUUUCUCAAGGAAUGCUGAAAUGUCUUGGCUCCUCUCUGUUCCUUAAAACAAAGUGGGGGAUUGGCUACCGCUUGAGUAUGCACAUAGACAGGUACUGUAACACAGAAGGUACAGCAUCUUUGAUCAGACAGCAUAUCCCUGGAGCCAGUUUGUUAAAGCAGACUGAAGAACAGCUUGUGUAUGCCUUACCUUUUGACGACAUGGACAAAUUUUCAGCACUGUUUGCUGAUCUAGACACUCACUCUCAUUUGGGUGUCAUUUCUUACGGAGUAGCCAUGACGACUUUGGAGGAUGUGUUCCUCAAGCUGGAAGUCGAAGCUGAAAUCGACCAAGCGGAUUUCAGUGUAUUUAACCCAGAGCAAGCUGAAGAGGAAUUGGAUGAGAAAUCUGUUGAUGAGUUAGAGCAGAGCCUACUACUGCUAUCCGAGACGAAAUCUUGUGCAGUGAGCAAUAAGUCUCUUUGGAAAAAGCAGGUCUUUACCAUAGCGAAAGUACACUUCCUUAACUUAAAACGAGAAGUUAAAUCAGUGACAGCAGUAUUCUUGCUAUUUGCUGUGUUUCUUCUUAUUCAGAUUCUUAUGUUCCUUAUACACCAUUCCUUCAAAAACGCAGUGAUCCCUAUCAAACUCUCCCCAGAUUUAUAUUUUCUUAGUCCCAAUGAAACUCAUCACAAAUACAAAACCAGCCUCCUCAUUCAAAACUCUACAGGGUCAAACAUUGACGACAUCCUCAGAUCUCUUAGGAGCCAGAAUAUUCUAACAGAGAUACUCAAUGGCAGUGACUAUGGAGCAGCUGACACCCAUGGAACAGCAUUGAAUGGCAGUGAUUAUGUCUCGUUUGCUCCACAUAAUGCAGGAUUAAAUGUGUUGCAUGAUGACAAGAACUACAUGUUUACAGUGGCUUUUAACCGUACAAUGGUGCAUUCUUUACCUGUUAUGAUGAAUAUCAUUAGCAACUUGUACCUGCACAAUUUAAACGUAACUGAAAGGAUCCAUGUCUGGAGUAACCCUUUCUUUCAAGAAAUUACUGACACGGUUUUCACACUAGUUCUGUACUUUGAGGCUGUGUUACUAGGAGUCAUUGUAACCGGGAUGCCGCCAUAUUUUGCCAUGGAGAACGCAGAAAAUCACAAGAUUAAAGUCUACACUCAACUUAAGAUCUCAGGUCUUUAUCCAUCUGCAUACUGGUGUGGACAGGCGCUAGUUGACAUUCCUUUAUUUUAUAUUAUUCUCCUCCUUAUGAUGGGUAGCUUAUUUGUAUUUCACCAUGGAGUUUAUUUUUUUCCUGAAAAUUUUCUUGCUGUGAUUUUUUGCCUCAUUGGCUAUGUACCAUCAGUAGUUCUGUUCAAUUAUGUUGUCUCUUUCACCUUUAAAACGAUUCAAAACACCAAAGAAUUUUGGUCAUUCAUUUUUUCAGUGGCAGCCUUGGUUUGUUCUGUUGUCAUCGAAAUAGCGUUUUUUAUGGUCUACUACACAACAGCGGCCGUCCUUCACACCUGUUUUUCUGUCUUCAUUCCAAUCUAUCCCCUUAUUGGGUGCCUCAUUUCUUUUAUAAAGAUAGCCCGGAAACUUGAUAACAAGAUGGAAAGGAAUUCAGAAAGAUUGCUGGUUUCAGUAAUAGCGCCUUAUUUGCAAUGUGUCAUUUGGCUCUUCCUUCUUCGAUAUCUUGAGGUGAAAUGUGGAGGCAAAUCGUUGAGAGAGGACCCAUUUUUCAGAACUCCUGUGAAAGUGAAGACCUGGAAAUUCCCAGAUGUGCCACAUAAUGAAGAUGAGGAUGAAGAUGUUAUGGCUGAAAGGUUGAGGGUUAAGGAGAUGACGACCUGCCAGAGCUGUGAGGAGAAACCAGCAGUUUUGGUCAGUAAUUUGCACAAAGAAUAUGGCGAAAAGAGAGAUUUUCUUCUUGGAAGGAAAAUAAAGAAAGUGGCAACAAACCAUGUCUCUCUUUGCGUAAAAAAAGGAGAGAUUCUGGGACUGUUGGGCCCCAAUGGAGCUGGGAAGAGCACACUCAUUAAUAUAUUGGUGGGAGAAGUCGAACCAACCUCAGGCCAGGUGCUGAUGGGAGAUUAUUCCUUAGGUGAGAAUAAUGAGGAUAAUUCCAUGAGAUUUGUGGGAUACUGUCCUCAGACAAACCCACUCUGGCCUGAUAUUACAUUGCAGGAGCAUUUUGAAAUUUAUGGUGCUAUCAAAGGAAUGAAAGAAAGCGACAUGAAUGAAGUCAUAAAUUGCGUUUCCAGCGCACUUGACUUCAAGGAACAUCUUCAGAAAAGGACAAAGAAACUUGGAGCAGGAAUCAAACGGAAGCUAUGUUUUGCCUUAAGUAUGCUUGGUAACCCUCGUAUUACUCUACUAGAUGAGCCAUCUACUGGUAUGGACCCCAAAGCAAAGCAACAUAUGUGGAAGGCAAUUCGUGCAGCUUUUAAAAGUAAAGAGAGAGCAGCCAUUCUGACAACUCACUAUAUGGAAGAAGCAGAGGCUGUGUGUGAUCGAGUCGCAAUCUUGGUGGCUGGAAAAUUAAGAUGCAUUGGUACGGUUCAACAUCUCAAGAGUAAAUUUGGCAGAGGAUAUUUCUUAGAAAUGAAACUGAGACAUGUACCGCUUACAGAGAAGAAGGAGUAUCUUCAGAGGGAGAUUUUGCGCAUCUUUCCAAAUGCAAGUCACCAGGAAAGUUUUGAAUCUAUUUUGGCUUACAAAAUCCCAAAGGAAGAUGUCCACUCACUUGCAUUAUCGUUUUCGAAACUGGAGGAAGCAAAACAUGCGUUUGAUGUUGAAGAAUACAGCUUCUCACAAGCAACACUUGAACAGGUAUUUGUGGAACUUGCGAAAGAGCAAGAGGAGGAAGACAGUGGUUUUGGAACACUAAACAGCACACUUUGGUGGCAACGAGCGCAGGAGAGAGUGGUUUUCUGAUCUGGUCCACGUAGAAUUUUACCUGUUUCAUUCUUCAACUUUUUUUUAAGGGACUGUUUUUGUCGUCUUUGUUUCCUUCCUUUGGAAUGUGUAUGAGCACAGUGAAUUGGAAACAUAUUCCCAAACAAUUCUAAGUAUAAAUAACACUGAUUUCACCUAAAAAUGCAAAAUGGAGCCUAUUCACCUUCUUUGCCUUACAUACAUCAACAUUAUAAAUGUCUUUUAUCUAUGA